AUGACAAAUGGAAAUAUCGCCCAGAGAAAUAUAACCAACGGAUUUGAAAACAUCGAAGCUGGUCUGACAGAGGAAGAUGAAAGUGGUGGAGACAUGAAGGUUGUCACUUUAAAAACAAACGGAGAGCUAAAAAAGAUCGUACCUGGCACAAAAAUUACAAAAGGGAACCAUGCCGUCUCUAUAAUUCAAAAUGGAGCAAAAACAAGCCCAGAUCUUGCAAGCUUGGUGGAAAAUACAGGGAGUGGUCUUCGAGUUAUUCACGAUCUACCAACUUAUUCCUGGACCCACAAAGAUCUUCUCUGGAAUGAAUCCCGAAUUAGCUCGGAUUAUCGCACGCAGAAACACAAAAGGCACGAUCUUCUUGGAUCCAAAGUUUCUGGAACACCUGGGAGAGCUUUCUGGUGGCGUAAUACUUUGAAACUACAAGAAGUGAUAUGGAUCCAAGACCACAAGCUAGGACAGACUAUAGUAUUUCCAGCUGCGGCUUACCUUGCAAUGGCUAUUGAAGGAUUAUUCCAAGCACAUGAUAACUUAAUAGAGGUUAGAAUCACAUUGAAGCAGGUUCAUUUGUUGAAUCUACUCGUUCUGGAAGCCGAGGGAGACGGAGUAGAGCUGACCAUGCAGCUGGAGCCAGCCAGGCUCUCAAGUGCCACAACCUCUGAAAUAUGGUGGCGAUUCGAAAUUUGUUCGCGGGUUGCGGAUGUAUUGACUGUUCAUGCCAAUGGUCUGAUAGCCGUGCAGAACUCGGAUACCUAUUCCACGGAGAGCUUGUUUUCUUACGCUGACUCUAUCAUGGAGGAACAAAGUACCAAAACUUGGUACAACAAACUAGCAAAAGAAGGGUUAUGUUUCGGUCCCGAAUUUCACUCUCUGGUGGAGAUUAAGACAGAUCGUGGUAAAAGAAGUUCCGGUGCUCUCGCAAAGACAAUAUAUCGUCAAGGGGGCGCAAUUGUUGGUUCCGCCGCAGGAAUAGUUCAUGAUUUCAAAGGCAAGAUUCCAGUCAUGCUUGGCGAAUUAGAUAUAUUUCCCGGCAAAAUAACGAAUGCUUCAGAGCUCUGCAAUAUCGAAACUAGCUGCAGAAGAGUCGGCUUCGAAUCUGUGCUACUUUCAGGAGAGCUGCAGAGCCCCGAUGGAAAACUCUUAGCUCGCAUGAAGGAUGUUCGUGUCAUUCCUUACAGAGAGCAAUCGCUGCAAAAUUCGACGGAGCGAAACCCGUAUCUUCGAAUUCUAUGGAAGCCAAGUAUCUCAACAUUGACAAGCGAAAAUUCCCAUGUUUUAACUAGUCAUUUGGAGCAAUUCAAUAACUCCCUUCCUUCUCAAGGCAAAGGUAACGACAUGGCAUACUUGACCGGUGCCAUAGAUCUCAUAACUCACAGCAGUGGGCGAGCGAAGAUUUUGGAGUUGAGCCAUGACGAUAGCAAUCAACUAGAACAGUCAAUAAUUGCAGCAGGAAUUGGUGGUAACAAUAAACGCUUCGAUUCGUAUACGAGAGCUAUAAUCAUGCCUGACGGGAGCAUCAAAGCGACACCAAAAAUCUCAGGGCAGAGCAUCUUUUUGACCUCGUAG